CCAUCCAGGCUGAGCUAUGGCGGAAGACAGCCGCUGGAGAGGGAUUUCCAGGCAGGAUUAAGGUUCAGGAUUAAAUCAGGGCUUGAAAAGGGGUCGGGUGGGGAGGGCUGGCGACCGGGCUAAUCCCAGCAGCUAAUCUCCAGCUCCUCCUUUCUCCAUCACUUACCAGACUUGACAUUCCCCACCCCCCCAAAUCCCUUUCUUACCCGUCCCCCAGUCCCAGGGGGAGGCAUUCCCUCCAUUUUAUGGGUGAGGGAAUUGAGACUUGGAGCCCAAGUGACUUGUUCUUUGUGCAGUAGAAAGCGCCCCAGGCUGGGAAUGCGGCACAUGGGAGAGGGCUUGGAAAACCACUGUGCAGUCCGCUGGUCCCCGACAGCCCCGCUCCCUGGUCCUGAAUGGACCCGGCUCAAAGCUGUGUGCGGGCUGCCUCUGCUUCAGGGAGCCGGCAGAACAGCCCGCUCCCCCAAGGCGCUGCCCGGCAGAGGCCGCAGGGGCAAGAGGGCCCCUCCUAGAGCCUUGCUGUCUUCACUCCCACCCUCCUUCCUAGGCCUCCCAUGGCUCCCCAUGGCUGUUCCAGGCCCAAUCCACAGGGGUCCCCGCUUCCAAGAGCCCAGAGAGGAGGCUCCCUCCUAGAGGCCUCCUAGUUCUUUCUUCUGAUGUUCAAGGGGGAGGGAAGGAUACUCAUGGAAACUGUGCUCAGCUCAUUUUAAUUCUCAUAACUCUUUGGGGGUAGGACUUGGUUUCCCCUUCUUCCAGAUGGGGACUCCGAGGCUCAGAUGGGUUAAGAGAGCUGUCUAGGGUUGCACAGUUAGCGAGUUGCCCGCAAGCGCCCCAGUCGCGGCCUGCAUCAUCUCCGUUCUCUGGGAGUUUGGCUAGCCCAGCUCUGGGGUCCCCAUAGAAGGGCAGGGGACCUGAAAGAGAGCUGGGCUCCUGACUUAGCACCUCUUCUGCCCCCCUUGCCAGAGCCAGCCAGGCCACAGCGUGGACGCACUUCCAGGCCGCUGUGGCCCCAGCCCCGCCUGACAGGAUGAGCAGCUCAGAUGCGGGGCUGGAGGAGGAGCCGGAGCUCAGCAUCACCCUCACGCUGCGGAUGCUGAUGCAUGGGAAGGAGGUCGGCAGCAUCAUCGGGAAGAAAGGAGAGACCGUAAAACGGAUCCGGGAGCAGAGCAGCGCCCGGAUCACCAUCUCCGAGGGCUCCUGCCCGGAGCGCAUCACCACCAUCACUGGGUCUACGGCGGCCGUCUUCCACGCGGUCUCCAUGAUCGCCUUCAAGCUGGACGAGGAUCUCUGCUCUGCUCCUGCAAACGGUGGGACCGUCUCCAGGCCUCCAGUGACCUUACGCCUUGUCAUCCCCGCCAGCCAGUGUGGCUCGCUGAUUGGGAAGGCGGGCACCAAGAUCAAGGAGAUCCGAGAGACUACAGGUGCCCAGGUGCAGGUGGCAGGGGACCUGCUCCCCAACUCCACAGAGCGCGCUGUCACCGUGUCCGGGGUGCCUGAUGCCAUCAUCCUGUGUGUGCGCCAGAUCUGUGCUGUUAUCCUGGAGUCCCCACCCAAAGGAGCCACCAUCCCGUAUCACCCCAGCCUCUCCUUAGGUACCGUCCUUCUUUCCGCCAACCAGGGCUUCUCCGUCCAGAGUCAGUAUGGGGCUGUGAGCCCAGCUGAGGUCACCAAGCUCCAGCAGCUCUCCGGCCACGCAGUCCCCUUCGCCUCGUCCAGCAUGGUGCCAGGACUGGAUCCUGGCGCACAGACCAGCUCUCAGGAGUUCUUGGUUCCCAACGACCUGAUUGGCUGCGUGAUCGGGCGCCAGGGCAGCAAGAUCAGUGAGAUCAGGCAGAUGUCAGGGGCUCACAUCAAGAUUGGGAACCAGGCUGAGGGCGCCGGCGAGCGGCACGUGACCAUCACUGGGUCCCCGGUCUCCAUCGCUCUGGCUCAGUACCUCAUCACUGCCUGUCUAGAAACGGCCAAGUCUACCUCUGGGGGGACGCCCAGCUCGGCCCCCGCAGACCUGUCUACCCCCUUCUCGCCGCCCCUGACGGCCCUGCCCACGGCUCCCCCAGGCCUGCUGGGCACGCCCUACGCCAUCUCCCUGUCCAACUUCAUCGGCCUCAAGCCCGUGCCCUUCUUGGCUCUACCACCUGCCUCCCCAGGGCCGCCGCCGGGGUUGGCGGCCUACACUGCCAAGAUGGCAGCAGCCAAUGGGAGCAAGAAAGCUGAGCGGCAGAAAUUCUCGCCCUACUGAGGCCGGCUGAGGCACAGGCACGGGAGCAGGCAGGACCGCCGGCAGGGGCUGCCUCUGCACCCCACCUGCCCGAGGAGACUCCAGCCUGGGGUCCCAAACACCACUAAUGCUCAGAAGCAUGGAUGCACCCCUGCCUGGCCCCCGUCUGUGGGAGCUCCUGUGCUCAGAGUGGGUGCAGUUUCUGGCCCAGGGUUCUGGGAGCUGCGGCAGUCCCAGGUAGGGGGCUCCACUCCCUCUAGCUCUGUGCUUGGGUGCAGGGAGCAUCCUUAGUGUCCCCACUUUGGGGGUCACUUGUGCACUCCCCUUCCCUUAGGGCUUCCCAGCCUACUUCCCCCUUGUGGGGAUCAGGGAGGAGGGCUGGGGGUGGCUGGGGGCCAUGCUUCUCUCCCCACCUCCCCGCAGAUUCCUGCUGCUUCCACUGAUAACCCUUUUGACUGGAAUGGACUGGCUGGGCUUGGCAGAGGGCAACCCAAAGAGGGGGCACUGCCAGGCAGCUGGGGGAGUCACACGGGGGCAGGGCUGAGUUCUCAGCAGCAGACACUCUGUACAGUUUUUUCAAUCCCUGUUUUUGAAUAAAUAUUCUGAAACCAGGAA